AUGGCCGACACGACGGCCUCUGCGGGGGCUGGCAGCUCCGGAACGAGAUCAGGAAGUAAACAGUCCACUAACCCUGCUGACAAUUACCAUCUGGCCCGGAGGCGAACCCUGCAAGUGGUUGUGAGCUCCUUGCUGACGGAGGCUGGGUUUGAGAGUGCUGAGAAAGCUUCCGUGGAAACAUUGACAGAAAUGCUUCAGAGCUACAUUUCAGAAAUUGGGAGGAGUGCCAAGUCUUACUGUGAGCACACAGCCAGGACCCAGCCCACGCUGUCAGACAUUGUGGUCACUCUUGUCGAGAUGGGUUUCAACGUGGACACUCUCCCUGCUUAUGCAAAGCGGUCUCAGAGGAUGGUCAUUACUGCCCCUCCAGUGACCAAUCAGCCGGUGACUCCCAAGGCUCUCACUGCAGGGCAGAAUCGACCCCACCCGCCGCACAUCCCCAGCCAUUUUCCUGAGUUCCCCGACCCGCAUACCUACAUCAAAACUCCGACGUACCGCGAGCCUGUGUCUGACUACCAGGUCCUGCGGGAGAAGGCCGCAUCCCAAAGACGUGACGUGGAGCGGGCGCUCACCCGCUUCAUGGCCAAGACGGGCGAGACCCAGAGUCUGUUCAAAGACGACGUCAGCACGUUUCCACUGAUUGCUGCCAGACCUUUCACCAUCCCCUACCUGACAGCUCUUCUUCCAUCUGAACUGGAGAUGCAGCAAAUGGAAGAGACGGAUUCCUCGGAGCAGGAUGAGCAGACAGACACAGAGAAUCUCCCUCUUCAUAUCAGCACGGAUGACUCUGGAGCCGAGAAGGAGAACACCUCUGUCCUGCAGCAGAACAACUCCUUGUCCGGGAGCCGGAGCGGGGAGGAGACCCUCAUCGAUAACCCCUACCUGCGCCCCGUGAAGAAGCCCAAGAUCCGCAGGAAGAAGUCCCUCUCGUGA